AUGAAACCAAUUCAUACUCCAAUAAAUUUGAGUCUUUCUUAAUUAUAUCAAUCAGAAAUCAAAUAGCAAUAGCAGCCAGACAGAAUUUUGAAAGAUUUAAAUGGUUCUGCUUUCAAAUUUAAGUUUGACUCAAAUUUUAGUGAUAGAAAACUACGAUAAUAGCAAUAACAACAACAAUAACAAUAAUAAUAAUAUUAAACUAGUUUGGAUUGUGGAUUAAGGAAAUCAUCUAUAUUCGAGGAUUACAAGUUUGAAAUGGAGAAUGGUAAUAAUUGUAGGAAUAACAAUUAAAUUUAUAAAUUUAAUCACUUAAAUUCUAGUUCUGAUUUUAAUUAUUAAAAACCAAGUUUAUAAAAUGGUUUAGGAUAAUACCAAUCUAAUUAAGCUUUGAUUGGGAGCAAAAUAUUAUCUCCUCUUUAAAAGAUGAAUAACUUUAUUUAAGAGGAUCUUGAUAGCUUAAGAUUUAGUUAACAAUUCUAGAAACUGCAUUUCAAUGAUAAUAAUGUAGAUGACUAUAAAAUAUCAAUCUAUUAUUACAAACCUUAGAUUGGGAUCACAUAUUCGAUGAAAGAUAGCGUAUUGUUAGUGACAAUAGAUUAGAGUUAAAUAACAAAAAUUAGAUAAUAUUUGAAUGAGUACCAGAUUGAUACUUUAAUAAUUUUUUACUCCAUAAACUUUCCUCAGUAAUUGCUAAUGUCUAUUAAACAAAUUAUUUAAGGAGUUGUUAAAUUUUGUAAUUUCAUGCAGUGGGAAGAAUAUAACAUUUAGGAUAAGUUGGCAUAAGUUGGGUUUAUGCAUCCAGAGAUUUACAAUGAAACAUUAAUUGAUAAGUAAAUAUAUAUAAACUUGUGUUCUGCCUUACCAAUCUUAACUCGAUUCAAUUUAGACACAAUAAUUAAUUAACUGUAGGAAAGUGAGAAAGGAUGUAAACUUAAGUUUAAUGAUUCAUUAUAAAAUCAAUUAGGAAUAUUAAAAUAGGAGAAUAAGUAAUUGAGCAUAUAAUAAUUAUUCGAAAAACACUUUCAAACGUUUUAUGCUAAGAAAAUAUUUUUGGAUUAUCUAAAGAAUCCAGUAUCAUCUUAUUAAAUAAUAAAUAAAAGAUUAUAGAAUCUAUACAUAUUUCAGCAAUUAUCUCUCUAGCCUUCAAAUUAAAAAUUCAUAAAGAUGCCAGGUAAAAUUGGAUCUUUUACUUAAAUCCUGAAGGUUCUGUCAACUUAUUAAGAGAAGAGCGAACCAUAUUCUAAGUUAUUUACGCAACUGCAGUAUCUGAUUGAGUUUGUAACAGUAGUGAAAUAGCUUGUAGUAAUAGAUCGAAGGGCCUAAUAAUAGACAUGUUAAUUGUUAAAGGAUUUAAGCAAUGUGAAUUUAGAAAGUAUAUGUCAAUUGUCUGAUAUCAUUGAAACUUCUUUGCUGUUCAAUUAAUCAAAUGUACAAAUAAAAGAGCAAAAAUACCCUUAACUCGAAUAGUUAUUAUCUUUGUAGAUUAAUUUAAAAACAAGGGUUUAGCUAAUAAAAAAUAAGCAUUAAUCUGAAUUAGCAUUGGUUGGUAUUAAACCUCAAUCAAUAGAGGUGAAAUAUGUGAAUAAUUCAUAUAAGCUUGUUGUUUAAUCAAAUUUGAACUUAGAGGAUAAAGUAUAAACUUUGGGAUGGGAAAUGGCCAGUGAAAGAGACGCUGAAAACUUUGUGGUGUUUAAGACUUCAUACACUCUUAGUUUGGAUGAUUAAUUCGGUGAUUUAGAGGAUCAAAUUAUAUCUAUGUAAGAAAAGAUCUUGAUAGAGCUUGUGAAAUAAAUUUAAUCAUAUUCUGAUUAACUCUAAUAAAUAGAAUAAUUAGUGGGAGAAAUUGAUUAUUACAUAGGAUUAAGCAUUGCAAUUACAUAAAUGAGACUUUGCAUUCCAAAAUUAAAUAACAACAAUCAAAUGAAAAUUCAAGGAGGGAGACAUUUAUUGGUUGAGUAGACAAAGAAGUAAAAUGUUGAAUUUUAACCAAAUGACUUUGUUUUGAAUGACAAAAGAAUAUUCUUGAUUGUUGGUCCAAACUUCUCUGGUAAAUCAGUAUUUAUUAGAUAAAUUGGUAUUAUAAUCUAUUUGGUUCAUUGUGGAUUACCAGUUCCUGCUUUGAAUGUAGAUACAUAUCUAUUAGAAGAGAUUCAUGCAUUAUUUCCAUGUGAGGGAAAGUAAUAAUCGAAUUUAAGUGUAACCAAUCUGGAAUUGAUGCAAUUAAGUUCUGCCUUAAAAGUUUCAAGUAGAUCAUUGGUAUUGAUGGAUGAAAUUGGCAAAAACUUUAAGUAUUAAGUUGGAUCUAACCUUCACAAAUCAGCCUUAGAAUACUUUAUGUAGAUGACUCCAACACCGCCUAUUGUUUUGUCAGCUACUCAUUAUUAAAAUCAUGAGGAAUUGCUCUUGUAAAAGUGUUUGCAAUAAGGAGAAAUGGAAGUUGCAUUUGAAUCGAAUAAAAAUCUUAUUUUUGUUUAUAGAAUUGACUUCCAUUCUAAAAGAGUUUAAAAAGUAUCCUUCGGAUUGGAAGUAGCAUUAUUGGUCCAUUAAAAUGAGGAACUUUAUUAGAGAGGAUUAUAAUUAUAUGAAUUAUUGACUAAAUAUAAGUAUCUAUAAAAUAGUUGA